UUGGGACUUUUUCCCCUCUUUGCAGCAGACGAGCCCAGCAAUGAUUUCUUUCCCAUCCCCAUGGCAUGUUUUUGUUUACCUCCUCCUGGUGGACCCAAGGGCCUCGGCCUUGGACAAAUACAUUGCAGCAGUAUACGAGCACUCAGUCGUACUGGCAGAGCCCACCCCAAAGCCUGUUUCUUCUGAAGAGGCAUUAAAACUGAUGAACAAGAACAUGGACGUCUUGGAAGAGGCCAUCAAAUUGGCCGCAACGCAGGGUGCACACAUCAUUGUGACUCCUGAAGAUGGCAUAUAUGGUUUCAGCUUCACAAGAGAAACACUUUAUCCCUACCUUGAAAAUAUUCCUGAUCCGCAGGUCGACUGGAUUCCGUGUACGGACCCAAAAAGAUUUGGACCUGCCCCAGUGCAACAAAGGUUGAGUUGCCUGGCGAGACACAACUCUAUCUAUCUGGUUGCCAACAUGGGAGAUAAGAAACCAUGUAAUCACACAGACGCCAAAUGCCCUAGUGAUGGUCACUAUCAGUACAACACCAAUAUUGUCAUGGACUCGAAUGGAAAACUUGUGGCACGUUACCACAAGUUCAAUCUUUUUAUGUUGGAACGUCAGUUUGAUUCCCCUCCAGAGCCUGAAUUGGUGACCUUCAGUACUCCCUUUGGGAAAUUUGGUCUUUUCACCUGCUUUGAUAUUCUGUUCCAUGACCCUGCGGUGACCCUGGUGAGCAAGCUGCAGGUGGACACCAUCCUCUUCCCAACAGCUUGGAUGAACGUUCUCCCACAUCUGACUGCCAUUGAAUUCCAUUCAGCAUGGGCUAUGGGCAUGCGUGUCAAUGUUCUGGCAUCUAAUACCCAUAGGCCUAGCUUGAACAUGACAGGCAGUGGCAUCUAUGCACCGGGUGGAUCUCAAGCAUAUCAUUAUGAUGCAGAAUCAGAGAAUGGGCAUCUUCUGGUUGCAGAGUUGUAUUCCCAUCCUUCUCUUUCUCCUACCCAUCCUGCCCCUGUUAACUGGAGCUCGUAUGCCACAACUAUCAAACCGGUCCCCGAAGACGGUGAUUUCACAGGAUUAAUUUUCUUUGAUGAAUACACUUUCUCUGAACUCGCCAAAGAAGCUGGCAAUCUUACCGUCUGCCAGGGAGCACUCUGCUGCCAUUUGAGCUACAAAAUGAGAGAAAAGCAAGAAAAUGAAGUUUAUGUGCUAGGUGCAUUUGACGGCCUUCAUGAGGUUGAAGGAAAUUACUACUUACAGAUAUGUACAUUGCUGAAGUGCGCAAGCAGAGACCUACAGACCUGUGGCCAGCCUGUGACAACUGCUCAUACCCACUUUGAUUUCCUUUCUCUCAGUGGCACAUUUAGCACUAACUAUGUCUUCCCAGAAGUCCUGCUCAGUGGAGUUCAGUUGGCAGCUGGAGAAUUUCAGGUUUUGAGUGAUGGGCGGCUGGUUACUCAGAGUGGUACAUCGAAGCCAGUCUUAACAGUGACACUUUGGGGCAGGUGGUAUGAGAAAGAUCCUCCAGGUCCCCAAAUACUCAGUGGGAUUCUUUGAGAUGUUCUGAGCCGCACAGUUCACAACUAUGAAAGAACGCAAAUUGCUUUUUGUUGACUCUUGACAUGGCUGUGAUGGUCACAUAGAUUAUUUUGCUUAGUUGUUGGCUGUCAAAUCCCAAAGAACACAAGUUCCUCAAAGAUUGCAUUAAUAAAGGCCAAAGAAUUA